UAUCUGAACAAAAAAAAAAAAGGGGCAAAACCAUUCACAAGUGAAACGCAGAGAAAUAGAAGAGAGAUGGAGCCAUGGAAUUCACAAGUGAUUCUCCCUCUCCUUGUAUACUUGGUAGCUGUGGCGCUACUCUGUGCAUCUUCCAUUCACGCCUCUGAUCACGCAACAAAUGGAGGCGUUGGGCGCAGAUUGUUACUUGGUUUGAAAGAGAAACCUCGCGGAACUAACCUUACCUUCGAUUGCUCUCCUUCUGGCGCCUGCGUUCCCUGCCUCUACUCUGAGAAGAGUGAUGAAAAAUAUCGUUGCAGUGAGACUGGUUAUCGAAUCCCUUUAAAGUGUGUUGAAAUUAAAGUUGGCACAAAGUAUGGAAAUGAGAACAAGUCUCAGAAUAGUCGAUCCACUAUAGAGAUCUCUCAUGAAAAUGCAAAUGCACAUGUAAUGUUGCAUGACACUGUUUCAAACCAUAGAAGUUUACUGGAUGAUUCAUCCACAUUAGAGGAUGGAUCACAGGCUUACAUUACUUAUAGAAGCUGUAUAACACCGGUUAAUGAAGAGAAGUUGUCAGUAGUUGGUUUUGAGUAUGCCCUUAGCCAUGGCCUAUAGCAGUUGAAGCUUGAUCCUUUAAUUGCAAUUAUAUGUUUAUUUACAAUGCAAAAGAGAAGGUGACCUGUGUUUCUUCAUACUUAUCUUUAUUCUCGAUACAAACAUAGCAUAAACAUUGUUUGUGAGUAAGAUAUGAAUUUAGAAUGUCAUUCUUGAAAGUUUUAAUAUUGCCUCGUAUCUUCAUGUUUCUUUUUAACUGUUUCAAAUCAUAGAUGUUGACCAUUUCCUCAUCAAUACUGUAGCCAAUAUGAUAUAUAGUAAACAAUGAACCCCUUAAAAUGGAGCCUUAAGGGUUUAACUUAUGUGGGUUUGCAGUAGAAAUGCCUGUUGUUAUGAUGAUUCUGAGUACUUGUAUUAGCAUUGAUGUAGAACCUGGGAAUUAGAUAUCAAAGGAAACGAUUUCCUAAGGGAAAGGAAACGAUUUCUCAAUAAUAAUCGUUGUUAAAAGCUACUAAAUAAUAGAAACUAGCCCUAUUUAAAGAGUUGAAAACUGAAUCACAUUAGGAUUUUAGAACCUAAUUCAACCCUAGUUUGGAAUACUAAAUAAGAUAAACUAGGUAAUAAUAGACCUAGCAGUAAUAAACUUCCUAAGCAAUAGAAACUCUAAAUAAAACUUUCUAAUUUUACAUGGGAAAAAACUCCUGAUUCUAAUCUUCCUAUACUGCAUCAAGUAUUCAAUUCCUUUUUCAAGGAAAAAAAAUGUGUCUUCUCUUUUUUGACAUGCAAGUAAUUUAUAGAUUUACCAGACAAAAAGAAAAGAAAAGAAAGAACUCAAUCUGUAAGCAUGACAUGUCACAUUGUUUACUUGGAAAUUAUGAAUUAAUGAAUUUUAGAAAGUUGACAGAGGGAGAGAGAUAUUUAACUAUUGAAUCAUGAAUCUUAUUAGAACAGAGCAAAGAAGGUUCAAAUUUUAAAGGAAACACUUUGAACAUCUUCUUUUCAUUUACAGUACUUCCAUUUUGUAAUUGAUAAGUGCAAAAUUGUUAUGAAUAAUGCAAGUAAUCUACGGGAAUUUAAUAUCCUUUUUGUUGAUAUCUUAUAAAUAAUAAAGUGCAUAAUGUGAGUAUUGAUGCUUGGGCUAGUAAUCAUGUUGAGCAGGGGAUUGUUUUGUGUUUGUUCUGCCUAAGUGGUUGGACUGUGUACUUCCGAAGAAAGCAGACAGUUACCGUGUCAGGAGCUGGGGGAGGGAGGAUUCAGAUGAACUCCAGGUUCUAAUUCAAAGUUUCUAGUUUUAAGACUAUGUCCUCUAUUUGAAGUCCGAUUUUAAUGAUGAAAAAAGUUUUAAUGCUGCUGAGUUUCGCAUAUAAUGGAGGGUCAACCGUGCACUAUUUGCAGCUUGCAAUUGGUUUUGUUCUUAUUCUCUUUUUUGUAGUGAAAUGGCUAGUUUUUCAUUUUUAUGUGUAAUGAUUUUUCUGAAUUAUAGCCUCUGUAUAACCAUUGUAUCAUAGAUAAAAAGUUUCUAUAAUUGUAUUUAUUUGGCAACAAAUGGGAAAAGUACCUAUUAUAUUA